UAAUGUUUUCAGGCGUCUCAGCAGCUGUCACCUCUUCAUGACCUCUGCUUGGCCCUGGACUGAUGAAGUUUGGGAAUGCACCUUUAAUUUCAGAUCUGCUGUUCACCUGAUGUUACCUGUAGCUGCAAACUGCACCAGAGGUCAGAGUGACGAUGACUUUCCACUGAUUCCUGCAGGCUCCAGUGGACCAAAGUGUUUGACCUGCUUUGAGUUUGAAAGCUUUGAACCUGAAGAUCAUUUUGGCAGGAAGUUGUGGUUCGUUUGACACAAAACCAGAUGAACAAAGUGUCUCUCUGUCAGUGCAGCAGCUCAGGAUGGAGGUAACUGCUCUCUGCGCCGCCAUCGUUUGUCUCAGGCUCUUUCCCAGCAGGUCCCAGUUCUUCCAGUAUGAAUCUGUGACUCUGAGCUGUGAGGGAAACUCGUCUGAGUUUAGAGUCAGACGAAAUACAUCAAAACAAAUAAAUGAACUCUGUGUCCGCUAUACUGAAUGCAUCUCAUCUGAGCUGUAUGAAAGCGACUCUGGAGUUUACUGGUGUGAAUCUGCAGCCGGCGAACGCAGCGACGCCGUUAACAUCAGUGUAACAGAUGCACCUUUGAUCCUGGAACGACCUGAACGUCCAGUUGGUGAAGGAGAAAGCCUGACUCUUCACUGCAGAGUGAAUCCACGGUCUUUCUCCAGUCUGACUCGUUUCUAUAGAAACGGGGUUCUGGUCGGGAGCAGCUCUACGGGACGCCUCACCAUCCGGAGCGUUUCCAAAUCUGAUGAAGGAUUUUAUAAAUGUAACGCCUCUGGAGUGGGAGAAUCAGCAGAAACCUGGCUGGCAGUGAGAGGGCCCAGACUUCAAACGCCUCCUGCUGCCCUCGCACACAUUCUGCUUCCUGUUGUGACCGGCUUUUUUCUGCUGGUUAUGACGAUGCUGCUCUGCGUCUGGAGAAACCACAUAGGGUCAGUGGACAGCGUCGUGUCCUACACUGUCAUCGUCACACAGGAAGGAAAAACUCACCAACUCACAGAGCCUCAGGACGGACCGGUUCUGGGACGGGUUCGGUACGUCAGAGACAGUCUGGCAGAAGGACGGCUCAGCUGUCAUCAGUCCAGACUCUGGACUGAAGACUCCAGAGGCUCUUUAUGAAAAGAUAAGAAGGCUGGAGGAGGCUUCUGCUGGGUUAGAGGAUCUAAUAAAGACUUCACGUUUCUCCCA